AUGGGUUUCCUUGACUAUUUUAAAGAGACUCUGUCCAACUGCAUCAACAGGGAUGCGGAGAAAUGGAUCGAAGAGAAUUAUCAAGACGUCUCAAUUGAUAAAAUCCUAAAAGUACAAUUUUCAAUUCGGCUAGCUGCGCUUGCUUAUUAUUCCAAUCAUUUUGCCUGCCUCGACAGUGUUUCUCUAGAAAAGAACAAAAAUGAUUUUUCCAAACUUUUGCCUGAAAAAAUGAUUGGGACUGAACUCGAUAAGUCAUCUAUGAUUUCACUGCUAAAGAGAUUCGAAAUUUUCGACUUCGAAGCUAUUCGAGACGACAGAACCGGUUCCGAUGCCAUCUUAAUCUUCGCAAAAGACAAGCCUGUCGAUAAUGUUGAGGGAAAAACCUAUGCCAUUGUCACCGUCUGCGGGACAUUCGAGCUGCAAGACGUCUGGCAAGACAUCAAGAUCUCCCAAGUUCAGUUUGAAGAAACAGAAGCUCGCGCACACAGCGGAUUUUAUGAAUGCUUCCAAGCUCUGAAGCCGGGAGUUGAAAGCUUUCUUGAUAAAACUGUCGCUGAAAAAACGGUCGACGAAAUUUUGAUUGUUGGGCAUUCACUUGGUGGCGCAGUCGCCUCUCUUCUCGGAGCAUCGCUAGCACCGAAGUAUGAAGGGGAAAAUUUCCGAGUAGUGAGUGUUGGUGCUCCGAAAAUCGGAAAUAAGGCUCUGCAAGACUUGUUCAAAGAAAGAGUGAAGAAGCAUGUGCGAGUCCGACUAACGAGCGAUCUUAUAGUGAGAAUGCCAAAUCUUCUGUAUUGGUUCAGGAAAGCCUUUUUUUGA